CCACCGGUUGGCUUUCACCCGUCCGAGCGGCACAGAGAGAGUUGGCCAGAGUGGCAGGCACCUCACCGCAGUCAGCACCCGCUUCUACAUCGACCAGCCUCUGAACCCGCGGCCAUUCUUGGAGACACCGAUCUCUUCAGUUCUCAGCAGAAACAGAGUGCCAACUACACCGAGGCAGGGCUGUUGCAGAACGUCACUGGCUCCUUAAAUGCGACGACAAACGGAACUGCAGCCGGCAACAAAAUGUACAGUAACAGCAGUGACGCUGGGCUUAUGGUGGGCGCUAGCGAUAAGAGAAAAGCGCUGAGAAAGCAGGUGAAACAGCUGACGGAGAUUAUCAACCAGUUGCAAGAAAUCGUGCCCCAAGUGGAGGAAUAUGCCAGAGAAGAGGAGAAAGAAGAGCAAGUGAAGGCGAAGGAAGAGUCUACGGGAGGAGAGGUUAGCAAGCUCAUCUCUGCAUCCAGCAUUCAGGCGGAAACCUCGCCCGAUGGGGUUGUCCUGCUGUCCCCUCUGGGUGCGGUUGCGGGGACUGACCAUGGCGAGAGUGAUCAUGAGCGCCUACUGAUGAAGUUGCAGCACUGUGAAGCCUACUCGGCAAAGCUGCUGAAAGCCCUGGAAGAGAAGAAGAUGCUGGACAGCCUCGGUGGUGUGUCAAAUUCAGGCUCCUCCUCUUCCUCCCCCAAGGACUACCUGCUUUCUCUCCUCACUGCCAUGAAACCUCUCUUGUGA